AUGGGCCCCCGUACCGCCUCCUCAUGCUGCUGCCAGGCCCGUAAUCUGCCAUGGGCCCCCGUACCGCCUCCUCAUGCUGCUGCCAGGCCCGUAAUCUGCCAUGGGCCCCCGUACCGCCUCCUCAUGCUGCUGCCAGGUCCACAGUGUCUCAUGGGUCCCCUGUACGGCCUCCCCCAUUGCUGCUGUCUCCAUCGCCACACUCUGCCAUGUGCCACUUUCAGGUCUCCUCACACUGCUGGUGUGUUCCAUUUUUGUCAUAGGGUGCUGGGCAGAUUACGGGCCUCCCAUGCUGCUGCUGCCAGGCCCGUAAUCUGCCAUGGGCCCCCCUAUACCCGCCUCCUCAUGCUGCUGCCAGGCCAGUCCAGAGUGUCUCAUGGGUCCCUGUACGGCCUCCCAUUGCUGCUGUCUCCAUCGCCACACUCUGCCAUGUGCCACUUUCAGGUCUCCUCACACUGCUGGUGUGUUCCAUUUUUUGUCAUAGGGUGC